AUGAGCAGAGGCUUAGAAACAUACGACUACGAAGACGACAGAGAUGAAAAUGGAAAGAAACUCAAAUAUCCAAAGUCGGUAUUUUUCAUCGUCAGCAAUGAAUUUUGCGAAAGAUUUUCUUACUAUGGAAUGCGAACAAUUCUAUCAUUGUACUUGACAUCAAAAUUAAGUUAUAACGAUGACACGGCAACGGUUAUUUACCAUACCUUCACAAUGUUUGUAUACUUCUUUCCAUUGAUCGGAGCGAUACUCGCAGAUUCAUGGCUCGGCAAGUUCAGGACCAUUCUUUAUCUGAGUAUUGUUUAUGCAAUCGGACAACUUUUACUAGCGGCAAGUGCAGCUCCGACGUUUGGUCUGCCUAUCAGAGAAUUUUCUAUACUUGGAUUACUUCUGAUCGCUUUGGGAUCCGGUGGAAUAAAACCAUGCGUUGCAGCUUUUGGAGGCGAUCAAUUUGUUCUUCCACAGCAAGAAAAAUAUUUAGCGAUGUUCUUUUCGGUAUUUUACUUUGCUAUUAAUUUAGGUUCGUUGAUCUCCACGUUUCUUACUCCGGAGUUACGUCAUGGUGUUAAAUGUUUUGGAGAACAGACUUGUUAUUCUGUUGCAUUUCUUGUUCCAGCUAUUUUGAUGACAACGUCAAUUGUUAUUUUUUUGUUUGGUAAAUCUAUGUACAAGAUGAAAAAACCGGAAGGGAAUCAUGCAAUUUAUAAAAAAACAACAACAAGAAAAAUUUCCCGUGAUCAUUGGCUGGAUCAUGCCGAUGAUAAAUACGAUUCAAAAUUAAUAUCUGACAUAAAGUCAACAUUCCGAGUUCUCACACUAUUCAUUCCAUUGCCGUUCUUUUGGGCACUUUUCGAUCAACAAGGAUCGCGUUGGACAUUCCAAGCAACAAGGAUGGACGGUCAGAUAGGAAGUUUUGUCCUAAAAGCUGACCAAAUGCAAGUUGUCAAUCCACUUUUUAUCGUUAUAUUUAUCCCCAUUUUCGAGACUUGCAUUUAUCCAAUGCUGGCUAAAAUAAAGAUUAUAAAUACGCCGCUUAAAAAAAUGGCAACUGGCGGGUUUCUUGCCGGUCUUGCGUUCAUUGUUUCCGGGCUUGUAGAACUACAGCUCGAGAAAACAUAUCCAGUAUUGCCGUCCGAUGGGUUGGCGCAAUUAAGACUAUUCAACCCAAACAAUUGUGAUGUAGGUAUUAAAUUAAAUAGUAACCAGUCAUUUGAUAUAUCUCCUUUUGCAAUGUGGCAAGAUACAAACAUAAAUGCAGUCGGUGAUAAAUCUAUCAAGUACGAGAUCAAUUUUUCAAAAUGUGGUAUUACCGAAAUUAAUUAUGGAUCAUUUAAUGUGACUGAAAAAAAAGCGACGUCUUUCGCUCUAAUUCCUGAAUCUAGUCCGUACGAGUUCGAAGACCAUGUAAAUAAAACUGAUGUAGGAAAUCCAGCAAUAAGACUACUUACCCACAAUACACUAGAUACUCCGGCUCUUUUAGAAGUACUUGAUAGCGAAGAUAACAAAAAGUACGAAUCAAAAGCAGCUAAAGGAGUAGAACAUUCGCUGUUCGUUGAACUAGAUCCUGGAACCUACAAAGUUAAAGUAAAUGGUGUUGAAAAAAAAAUAAUGUUAAAAAUGGGAGGUGUCUACACUGUCCAAACUUACACGUCUAAAGAUUUAAACCAAGCAGGUAUGGUAACAGUUACCACGCCAAAUUCCAUGCACAUACUCUGGCUGAUUCCUCAGUACAUAAUCAUAACGAUGGGCGAAGUAAUGUUCUCAGUGACGGGUCUUGAAUUUGCAUUUACUCAGGCUCCAAUCAGCAUGAAGUCGCUCCUACAAGCUGGCUGGCUUUUCACUGUUGCAUUUGGUAAUCUCAUUGUAGUGAUAAUCGCCGAAGCUAAGAUCUUUGAUAGGCAGGCCAACGAGUUCUUCCUUUUUGCUGGACUUAUGCUUGUCGACAUGGUCAUUUUUGGAGUCAUGGCCAAGUUUUAUAGAUAUGUUAUCGUUAAUGAUGAAGAUGAUGAUAGCGAUCAUUAUAAUGACGUUGCAAACACGAGAAACGGCACAAGACUUAAAGACUACGGGGAAAGCAAUCCGUCCUUCAUCAAAAAUGAUGAAUAA